AUAAAGAUCGGUAUAAUGAUGAUAUGGGUUUAUUUGAAAGAAACGGUCAUGUAUUCGGUUUCGAUGAAGGGAAUCCGGACAUUCAUGGUGAAAUACUUCGCCCAUGUCAAGUAUACGACACGUUUUGCAUUCGAAAGUUCUUCGCGGAACACUCGGCAUGCAAGGUCUCUGGAAGGGCUGUGCCCGAACCUUUGUACAGGGCUGAAGGUAGCGUCAAUUUUGCCAGUAACAACAUGUCGGAAACCCAGAUCACUGCUGAUUACGGUGGACUGAACAACGCCAGAGUUUCCGAGUUUUAUAUCAACAAUGUAACAGACAACUUGGUGAUUGCGGUCACAUUCGACAGCGUGUCAAAGUUUUCCAACAAUACUUACUACAAGUAUUAUCUUAGAGGCAGGGAGCCUGUGGUCACCAGGGACUUUGGAGGAAUACGAUAUGGAGUGCUGACUGUAACAGUAAUAAUACCCCAUAUACACAAUCUAAGGCUGGAUAGAUCUGAAAUAUAUACGUACGGAGACAAUGACGUUUUUCCGUUCGCUCUCGGACCCCAGAUUGGAACCAGUACAGAUCCUGAAGUGACAUCCAUGUAUGCCCGUUUCUACACUAACAUUCCAGCGGAGUACCAAGAAGAAAUAUCCAAUCAAGGAAAUUACUUCGUUGGAAACUACUUACAAUAUAAUAUUUGUGACUUCGGUGUGAAAGUAUUGUAA